AAAUACCCUAAAAGCGUAGAGAUCGUGAAAAUUGGGAAACUCGAGGACGUUUUCGUUUGGUGUCAAAAAAGAAAAGUGGCGGAAAUAUCGAUGUGAUCUUCAGGGAAGCGGACGCGAAAUGCGCUAAACGUGAUCAACAAUGACGAAACGUCCGAUUCGCGCACGUCUCGUUUUAGUUCGAAGGGAAGAGUUGUGAAGGAUGGUGUAAACGUAAUAGUGCUAUAAUGGAGUCGCCUCCGUCCACUUCUACUUUAUCUGAAACCUUUAUGUUAAGCGAUGACAGUGGCUUAUUGUUGACCAGUGGCUCUAUUUCCAGUGGUAGCAUGAGUGGAGAGAGUCGUAGUUUUUGUGCACAUUUACCAGAGUUUCAUGAUAGUGAUUGUGAAGACAAAUCCUUAUCACAAGCUGAUUCUUUGGAUGGGAUGUCAGAUAUAAUAUGUGGUGAAAAUUUCAACACAUUAAAGAAAGGGCCACAUUACACUGAUCAAAUUAUCUUUAAAACAACCUCACCUAUAGAACCACCCCCCGAAUUCCAAGACAAACCAAGUACAGAAACUUACGAAAAAUUCGCGGAUUAUUACACCGAUUAUUUAUUAGACAUGGCAUUUCACGAAUUCGAAAAAUACCUUCAAGAAUUUCACGCAACCCGCAACGCAAAAAUGCAAAUUUGCCAAACGACAUUAUCGCGCCCUUUUUGGUCGCCUUUAACGUUCAGUCCUUGUCAUGGAGCGCGACCGAGUUCGCGAAGUUCAUUGGGGUCAUCCCGCCUUUCCAGUUCGCACAAUUCCCUUUCAGUUCCAACAGCUCAUCGCGCCGACGAUUCCAGUUUUAUUAUGCAAGCUGUUUCUCACGAUACCCUCACCUCAAAUCAAAUCAGUGACCUUUAUAACGUUCCCUUCGAUAGCGACGUUUACGCGAUUCCCGUCGACACCAUUUGUCCGCCGAUCAAACCGAAACGCACACAACUUCACGCUGCAAAAAAACGAAGGAGACACACGUCUUCCGGUUUUCGAGAGUACGACUCACAUUCGGGUAGACAAGUUGCGGCCGUUUCGAUGACGACCAAAAAAACAAUUAAAUCGGAACAUCGUUGCGUUAGCGUGGACGCUUCUUGUCCAACUGGAAAAAGACAUAGUGUGGCAGGGACUUCGCAGAAUAAUCACGAAUCGGAACCGAUUCGAAUGACGUUACAAGAGGUUCGUCAAUAUUUACAAACGUUGUAUUCAAGCUCUUCCGAUUCGUCCGAGCAGAAAGAGUAUAUUCUAAAACCCAACGCAAUAAGGAAUAAUAAUAUUAAUUUGGAUACGCAUAAUGUGAUGAUGAUGAAGGAGAAUUUACUACAUAAUACAAGAGUUACAAAUAAUAGUAAUAAUAUUAAUAAUAAUAAUAAUAAGAAAAAUGUUGUGAAAGGUGUGAAAAAGGUCAAAGAGGAAACGACUAAACCAGUGACUAAUAGACAAGUAUCUCCGAACAAACAGAAUAAGUGGAAAAAGACCCAAAGUAGGAUUUCGUCCUUUAAGCAGAGUUUGUGUAGUAUUUUUAAGCCGAAAAAGACGUUGUUGGAGGAGAAGAGCGGCUGUAAUUUUAAAGGGAGUUGUAAUUUUAACGGGAGCUGUGAUAAUUUAGAUCCCGAUAUUAAUAAGAAUAUUACUAAUCGUGCUUUACCCCCUUUACCACCUGAAGAGGAACAUGCUAUGGAUUUUGCUACUAGUAUUAGAAAAGUUAAAGAUUAUGGAUGGUAUUGGGGACCGUUAAGUGGAGAAGCAGCUGAAAAAAUUUUAUCGAACGAACCGGAUGGAUCGUUUAUAGUUAGAGAUAGUAGCGACGAUCAUUACAUCUUCUCCUUAACCUUAAAAUUAAAUAAUAGCGUUCGACACGUUAGAAUAGAACAUGAUCAGGGUAACUUUAGCUUUGGAAAUUACACCAAAUUUAAAUCUCAAACAAUCGUAGAAUUUAUUGAAAAUGCCGUUGAACAUUCGCGGAGCGGCCGUUAUUUAUUCUUUUUAAAUAGGAGGCCAACAAUCGGACCCGCUCGUGUACAACUUUUACAUCCCGUUUCUAGAUUUAAGCAAAUACAAAGUUUACAGCACAUGUGCAGGUUUGUGAUAAAUAAACAUGUAAGAAAAGACUUGAUACAACAAUUACCGUUACCGCGUCGUAUGAUUGAUUAUUUGAGUACUCCUCAUUAUUAUUCGGAAUUAAUUGAUGAUGAACAAAUGGAACAAGAGGUUCAUAGAGAAACGAGUACUCCCAUCGUUGAGGAAGAGGGUACCGUUAGUCGAAUUGGGAAUUAUAUUUACGUUCGGACGAAUAAUAGUGUUGGUACACAACACUCGUAAGGUUUGACCAAAAAAAAAAUGUUAAAUUAUGAAUUAAAAGCAGAUAAUCUUUUGGGAUUGUUUAGGAUGUGAUAAUUUUUAUUAAGAACAACGUUAACGAACAAGGUUGAGUUUUUUUUUGUAGGUUAUGUCUUGAUGAUUUGAUUUAAGAUACUUUUAAUAAUUUAUUUGUAUCAAAAGUUUAAUUUAUUUUUAAAAUCAAUAAUAUAAUAAUUGUAGGCAUAUCACUUGGAAUUUAUGAACAAACAAAAAAAGAAACAAGUUUUUUAUAUGAAUAGAUAAAGUGAUCGAAUUUAAGUCACUUAUUAAUAAUAUAUUAUCUUUAAAGUUUAAAAAGUCAUCAAUUUAUUUAAUAAAUAAUAAAAAA